CGUUGCCGGUGAAGUGUUCAUCGUCGAAAGCCUGACCUCUCCACCGAACAUCGGUCUCGUAAACUACUAAGCUUCUCGUUUCUGGCGGCUGCAACCUAUCUUGAACCAAAGGAUUGUGAAAAUAAGCUGAAGAAUCCAUGGAGGAUGCGGGACAGCUGCAGUGCGUGGGGAAGUUAGAGAUCGUGAAGCCAAAACCUGUCGGCUUUCUGUGCGGAACUCUUCAUGUCCCAACUGAUUCCACCUUCCCCUCUUUCCAUGCUGCCAUCGUUCCCGCUCCCCACACAAUUGGAGCUCCGCGCUAUCAAAUGCUUCCUGCGGAGACCGACCUCAACACUCUUCCAUUACUCUCCAAUUUGCCAGAAAAAGCUUUCUUAGCGGAGUCUAAUACCAGUGAAGGUAUACAAUGGGAUAAUAGUGUGCUCUCUCAAAAUCUUUUUAAAAAAUGUGAAGCACUUGCGGUAUCAGGUUUGACGGAAUAUGGUGAUGAAAUAGAUGUUGUUGCUCCGACAGACAUCUUGAAACAGAUUUUUAAGAUACCUUACUCGAAGGCCCAACUAUCUGUUGCUGUUCAGCGGAUUGGAGAUACUCUCAUUCUAAAUGCAGGCCCCAAUGUUGAAGAAGAAGAAAAGCUUUUCAGAAAACAAAGCAACCAAUCUAAAUGUUCCCAUCCUUCAAUAUUUUUGAAUUUCGCAAUGCACUCAGUAAGAGCAGAGGCUUGUGAUUGUCCGCCCAAUCACCAACCUUCAUCACAGAAGCAACCAACCUCCACUAGCUUGCCUGUGAACUUUGGACUUGUGGAGGAUUCUUAUGUGUCUUCCACCCCCUCACGUACUAGUAAGUCUCAGAUUCUGGAUCAGAAAUCCAAUAAAGGGAAAAAGCCUUCCCAGUCCAAUAAUGAGAAAUACUUUUGGGACAACAAGAUGAAUAAGCAAAAAAGUGGUUCAGGUUCCGUCAAAAGAACUCAUAUUGGCGAAAAUCCAAGACGUCCAAUACAAGAUUCUGAUCAACGCAGGAGACCUGUUAAUAAUGGCUUCCUGAGGGUUCUAUUUUGGCAAUUUCACAAUUUUCGGAUGCUUUUGGGUAGUGAUAUGCUUCUGUUUAGCAAUGAUAAAUAUGUAGCAGUAAGCUUGCACCUGUGGGAUGUAACAAGACAAGUCACACCACUAACUUGGCUUGAAGCCUGGCUAGACAACAUUAUGGCGAGCGUGCCUGAAUUGGCUAUCUGUUACCACCAAAAUGGUGUUGUUCAAGGCUAUGAACUUGUGAAAACAGACGAUAUUUUUCUACUUAAGGGUGUAUCUGAGGAUGGAAUUCCUGCAUUCCACCCACAAGUUGUUCAGCAGAAUGGUCUUUCUGUGUUGAGGUUCCUCCAAGAGAACUGCAAACAAGAUCCUGGUGCAUAUUGGCUCUACAAAGGUUCUGGAGAGGAUGUAAUACAACUCUUCGACCUGUCUGUCCUUCCUAAGAGUCAUCCAGAUGACAAUCAUGAUAAGGCCCCCAGUUCUUUAUCGUCCUUAAUGCAAAAAGGAAGAAGGGAUACCAUGUUCUCUCUUGGGACUCUUCUUUACCGUAUUGCUCAUAGGCUGUCACUCUCAAAGGCACCAAGUAAUCGGACAAAGUGUGCAAAGUUCUUUAAAAAAUGCCUGGAUUUUCUUCGUGAGCAGGACCAUAUGGUGGUUCGUGCAUAUGCUCAUGAGCAAUUUGCUCGACUCAUCUUGAAAUGCUAUGAGGAAUUGGAGCUAGCAUCUGACACAAUUCUUGUAGAACCUGAGGCUAGAGUGACUAAUUUGGAAGAAUGUUCAGAAUUUCCAUUCUCAAUGUUUGGUUUAGUUGGGCAUAGCACAGGGAUUUCUCAAGAUGAUACGCCAACAAAAGAUGGAAAUACUAUUGCAGGUGCAUCUUUAGAUACAUCUGUCUUGCUUAACAUAGAAGAAGCCAAUUCACGAACUCCUCAAAAUGAUUCCAUGUACCCAGCACCAGUUGCAAGAGAUUUUUCACAAACUACAGCUAAUUUAGAAAUGUGCCAGAUAUCUACCUCUCCCAGUCUACCUAAAAUAGUUGCGGAUCCAAUCUCCUCCAAGUUGGCUGCGAUACACCAUGUCUCUCAAGCAAUUAAAUCUCUCAGGUGGAAGAGGCAAUUGCAAAAUGCUAGAGGAGAUUUUUUUGAUCCUGGAAACAGAUUGAAUGAAAAACCAGCAACAGUCAACUUAUCUCUUUGCAUAUGUGGUGAUGUUAACUGUAUUGAAAUCUGCGAUAUUAGGGAAUGGCUUCCAAAAACUAAAAUGGACCAGAAGAUGUGGAAUCUUGUCUUGCUACUAGGAGAGUCGUAUCUAGCUCUUGGGGAUGCUUACAAGGAAGAUGGGCAAUUGCAUCGAGCUCUUAAGGUUAUUGAAUUAGCUUGUCUAGUUUAUGGAUCAAUGCCACAGCAUCUAGAUGAGGCUCGAUUUAUCUCAUCUAUGGACAGUGGGGAAUCAUAUCAGCUUAAGUUCAAAGAAAGCGAUGACACCCCAUUUUUUCUAAGAGAUGCCCAAGAAGACCUAAAUUUCAAUAUCUGUAAGGAAGGUUAUCUUUCUGAACAUUUAUCUUCUGUCUAUUUAUUCUGGCCUAAGGCCUGGUCUCUUAUCGGGGAUGUAUAUGUGGAGUAUCAAAGAACGAAAGGUAAAGAAGUUCAGGGAAGAAAAGAUGAUAGAAUAUCAGGUAAUGAGCUUAGGGUGUCAAAUGAUGUUGUAAGGGAGGUUAUGCGUCUUAAGAAGAAGCUCGGACAAUACAUGAAAAACUGCAGUUCGUGCUUACUGAUAAACUGUAGUUGUCAAAAUGAUAGAGCAAGCAGUGGCAACAGUGCAAGUAGUAGUGGAAAUGCUCCCCCAUCUUAUAGCAGAAAGCAUAACAGAAAAUCAAACUUGAGGGCUUCUUUUUUACAUUGUGGAAACAGUAAUGAUACUAGCAGUUCAUGCUGGUCAGACAGUUUUAAUUCUUCUGAAAAUGAGCAUUGUGAGAACGACAAUGAAGAAGAUGAUGAGCAUGACAGUCCAACAAAACCCUCUAAUCCAUACUUAACAGUUUUAGGUAUCUUGGACAAUGAAAAUACAGUAGAUAACACACCUUCUAUGCAAACAGUCUUUUCUACAUCAAGUUUCACAAAUGCAUCUAAAGUUGGAAAUGGAGGUAUUUUCAGGUUUCUUGGAGGUCCUGAACCAGAUAAUGUAGAAUACAAUUUGUCAGCUGCUAUGUACUGUUAUAAUGCAGCAAGGAAUGCUAUGAAAGGCUUUAGUCUUUGUUCGCCGGAGUUAACUUCUAUACUAAAAAAGAAAGGAUGGGUUUGUAAUGAACUAGGCCGCUAUAGACUUGAUAAAAAGGACUUGUCUUCCGCGGAAAUUGCAUUUGCUGAUGCAAUUCAGGCAUUCAAAGAGGUUUCUGACCAUACCAAUAUUAUACUUAUAUACUGUAAUCUAGGUCAUGGGAGAAGAUCAUUGGCUGAAGAACUGGUAUCCAAGUUAGACGAGCUUAUUGAAUAUGAUGUCCUUCAAAAUGCAUACAAACAGGCCAUUAAGACUGCAAAAUUGGAAUAUUUUGAAUCACUAAAGCAUUAUGAUGCUGCAAAAAUGGAACUAGAUUCCGUUAGUGGAACUUGUGAUACUUUGUUAUAUAAUGAAGUGUAUACACAGUUUGCUCACACAUACUUGAGACUUGGAAUGCUUUUGGCAAAAGAAGGCAUUUCUGAUAACGUUCAUGCUGGUAUUAAAAAGGACUAUUCUGUAAAUGUUAGCGCACUAGAGCGACAUAAAAAGAUAACUUCAGCUAGUGAUGCUUUUAGGGAGGCAUUGUCCAUGUAUGAAUCUCUGGGUGUGCUGCGGAAACAGGAAGCUGCUUUUGCACACUUCCAACUUGCCAACUUUCAUAGAGACAAUUGUUUGAAACUGGUAGAUUUGGAACAAAAACAACUUAGCUUUGCAAAAGGAGAAAACAAGCAUCUAAAGGCCAAGUGGUAUUCUACUUUAGCUGAUAAGCACUGGAAAAAAGCUUUAGAUUUCUAUGGCCCUAUGACACAUCCUGUCAUGCAUCUAAACAUCCUCUUGGAGCAAGCAGCCCUUUCUAUAGACCUCUCAAUCUCAUUCCAUUCAAAUGCAAUGCUGGAAGCUGCCCUACUUACCCUACUUGAUGGCCGACAAAUAGUAGAGAGAGGCAAAGAUUGUGAAAUUGACAAGGAUUCACAGAUGAAAUCAAAAUUCUGGAAUAAGUUGCAAUUUUUGUUGAAGAAAAUGCUAUCUUCUUCUCUCUCUGGUGGACGCAACAAAACUGGUGGGGCAAGCUUGCCAGCGCCCGCUGCUGCUAGCGUUUGGGAUAAUGGAAAACUGAAGGAGAUGUAUCGCAUUUCCCUGAAAUCUUCUACUUUUAGUCAACUGCAUGAAAUGCACAAGUUGUGGUUGUCCUAAAUUGCAUGUUCAUAGUGAGUAUGAGGACUGCAAGACUAUGUUGUACGAAUCUACUGAAUUUAUUCCAUAAUUUCAACAAUAUAUAUUUUUUAUAUGUUAUUGUUUGUUA